CUAGGUUGUUGGGGUUGGAGAGACGACUCAAGCUGUUAAGAGCACUGACUGCUCUUAUAGAGGACUUGGGAUUCAAGUCCCAGCACCCACAUUAACAGCUCGAAACCAUCUGCAAUUGCCCCAGGGGAACUGAUGCAUUCUUCUGGCCUCUGUGGGCAUUAAGCACUCAUGCGGUGCACAUAUGUACAUGCAGGCAAAACACCCAUACAUAUAAAAUAAAAAUAAAUAAAAUUUCAAAAUAAAACCAAGAACUCUAAAAAAACUCCAACUAGGUUGUUUGUUGCUACAGUUUAGAGUCUAAAUGCUCCCCAAAGCCACAGCUUGGGACAACACUGGGGGUAAGGGAACCUGGAGGAGGUGGAGUCUGGUGGGAGGAAGUUAGGUCCCUGGGAACAUGGCCUCAAAGGGAAUCAUGGGACCCCAGACUCUCUUUGCUUCUCAUCUGUGUCCGGUGAGCACCCUCCUCCAUGGUGCAGUUCAGCCUUGAUGCUCAGUCUCACUGAUGCACAGCCUCAAUGGUGCAGGGACACCGGUCGUGGACCGAAUUUUCCUUUUUAAAAGCUGAUUGUCUCAGGUAUUUUGUUACCAUGACAGAAAACUGAAUAACAUGUUUGUCUUCUCAUUAAACUGUAUGAAUUGAAAACAUGUUUUGGUUAUGUGACUUACAUACUGUGAGGGUUUUUCCCUCCCGUGUGGCUUGCCUCUCAUUUCCUCAGCAACACUCUGAAGUGCAGACGUCCUCUGUCUUCACAAGCCCAGUUUCACUCGUUUCCCUCACUGCUUGUGUGAUUACUAUCAACUCAAAGACACCCUUACCCACUCAAGGUCACAAACAUGUUCUCCUAUGUCUUGUCGUGGUUUGGCAGGUUGGGCAUUUACAGUCAGGCCUAUGGUCCAUCCCAGAUACUGGAUUUCACUACAGCGCUAUGGGUAUCAGAACACACCAUCAGUGUCUUUGCUUUCAUUACUGUUUUAUUACUGUUAUUUAUUUAUUUUUAUAUAUUUAUUUAUUUAGUAUGUAUACAGUGUUCCACCUACACACCGGAAGAAGGAACUGGAUCUCAUUAUAGAUGGUUGUGAGCCACCAUGUGAUUGCUGGGAACUGAACUCAGGUCCUCUGGAGGAGUAGCCAGUGCUCUUAACCCCUGAGCCAUCUCUCCAGCCCUAUUACUGCUAUUUUUACAUGAAGCCACUGUGGAGCUCAGGCUGGCCUGGAACCUUCUUUUAUAUGCCCCUCCCCCCAAUACUGAGAUUAUGAACCCAAUUUGUUCCUCUUUUUUUCUACUCUUUUUUUUUAAGAUUUAUUUUAUCAUUUAUUUAUGUGUAUGUGUGUAGGUAUGUGCACAUGAGUACAGGUGUUCAUGGAAGCCAGGCAAGAGCAUCAGAUUCUCUGGAGCUAAAGUUGCAGGUAGUGAGGACUGUCCAGUGUGGGUGCUGGGAACUGAACUCUGGUCCAUCUUUCCAGUCUUAGAAGGCUGCCUUCUCAGAUAGCCAGCUCUCUAAAUUAAGUAUAACAUCCUGUAUCUGCACAUUGGCCUUCUGGUGACAGGCAGUAUGAGGUCUAAUCUCCCGGGUCCAGUCCCAUUUUUCUGUUCUGUAGAUGACUAGUAAUUUUCAGGCAAACGUUAGACACCAUUUUGAGCUCUUGCUGACCUGGGUUUUUUCGGGGCGGGGAGGUGCCUCCUCUGAGGGAUGCUGCGCCUUGUGCUGGAGUGCUUGGUGCUCACUUUGCUCUCCCUGCAGCUGUGCUCUGUGUUACAGCAGCAUUCCUGUGGUUCUUCUCUAGGACUCUUCCCUAAGCCCUGGCCUUUCCAGGGCUCACUGGCUGCCCAAGGUACUCCCAAAGAAGUCCCACACCAGCUCUUGGGAGCUCUCUCAAGUCAGAGACCUACAUCCCACCACUUUCCAGUGGCUUGCUGUUCAGGGCUCAGGAGAGCACCCAGAACACAUAGCAGACCACUGUUCCCUCCCUUUUGAGCAUGAUUUAAGCAUCUCUGAGCCCUGCCUUGUCAACCCAGCAAGGCAUCAUCACAUCCAGGCCUCUGUGCAGAGACCACAAGGCCCUACUAAUGCUGACCUGUGAGUCCUGUGACUCUUGUCUUGAGGCUCAUGCUUUUUCAUAUUGCUCAAUUUUUAAAAACAGUUGAUUCAUGUAUUUUCAGUUUCAAACUAACCACUUUUCUUUCCUCUUUCUUUGUUUCCUUUUUGGAGACAGGAUCUCUUUGUGUGUGUGUGUUGGGUGUAGAUGUAAUUCUAAACGGUCUUAUUAAAUAAGAAACACAGAGCCAAAUAAAGAGUUAAAAGACCAGAGAUCCAGCAGUAGCCAAGAGCUAAGAUCACCUUAUCUUAUCACUGCUGUCCUUCCCCUGAGAGAGAGACCUUCUUUCUGUGUCCUGUCAUUUUAUUGCCUUUCUGUUCUGCCUUUUCAUUGGCUGUAAACCCAACCACAUGACUUCUUUGUCACUGCCUGUCUAUACAGACCUCCAGGUCUCUAUGGUUGGUACUGGGAUUAAAGGUGUGUGUCUGUCACCACGCUGGCUGUGUCCUUGAACACACAGAGAUUUUGCCUGCCAUAUGAUCGGGAUUAAGGGCGUGUGCUACCACUACCAGACUUCUGCUUAAUGGCUUGCUCUUAGCUCUGAUCCCCAGGCAACUUUAUUAACAUACAAAUAAAAUCACAUUUCAGCACAAAUAAAAUAUCACCAUAGUUGGGGGUGGGGGAGGUUCUCUAUGUAGUCCAGGCUGGCCUUGAACUCACAAUCCUCCUGUCUGCAUCCAGAGUGCUGGGACAGGUAUGUGCCAUCACGCCAGACUCUACCAGUUCUGUCUGGACGAGCAUGUGCACUGAAGAGCUCCCCAACAGUCCCGAGCAUGGCAGACAUGGUGCUGACAGAUUUUGCCCUUUCCCCUUCUCUCUCCCUUGCUAAAAACAGUUAGAUUACAGCACUUGGGAGGCUGAGCCAGGCGGAUCUCUGUGAGUUCGAGGCCAGCCUGGUCUCCAAAUUGAGUUCCAGGAAAGGCGCAAAGCUACACAGAGAAACCCUGUCUCGAAAAACCAAAAAAAAAAACAAAAAAAACAAAAAACAGUUAGAUUACAUUCUAAAGCUAGCCCCAUGGCUACUGACUCAUUCCUGAGUCUAAAUACCAAAGUCCAGCAAUCACAAUUCAUUAUACAGCUAUCCUGGCUGAUCUGUCCAAUCAGGACUUACCAAGUCACCCUAGCACAGACUCCACCUUCUUCUCCCUAAAAAUCCACUCCUGCAAAAAACACCUGCUUCCUGCCUGCUGCUGGCUGUCUGCCUUUGCCCAACCCACAGGCAGCUUCCCACCGCCUUUGCCCUUCCAGGGUAAUAAAUGUCCUUUGAGCUGAGACUUGGUGUCUGGGCGUGUCCUUACUGGCUCUGAGGGGCCGCUCCCUCCCUUGCAAGGACUGUUUCCAGUAUCUAGUAUCCACCAUCGCUGCACACAUUCCUCAUGCUUGGCUAUUUCUGAAUCAAACUGGGGGUUGAUUUACUCCCUACUUACUUACAAACAAUUUUCCAGACAGGUUUCCCUCAUGGGCAGUUCCAAUGGGCAAUAUGCUGUCCUCUUGGUCCUCACGGGGUGGCCAGUGUUAACCUUCAGGUAGCUUUCUCCAGGGAGUGCUCUGCCUCUCCUUCCCAAGAUGAGCACCUUGCCUUCCUCAACCCCUGUUUUCACAGACGCCCCUUUCCCUCUCUGUGGAAGACAGCUGCUGCCCAUGCCUGGCCAAUUGGGAGCCCAGGGUCUCUUGUGGCUCCCAGAAAUGGCCAUGGAUCAGUGACCAUGGCUCUUUCCUAGAUCCAAUUCCCUCCAGAAGGUCAGGGUGUAGCAUGAAUCCUAAAGGAUCUUAUUAAUAAAAACAAACCUGGAGCCAGGUAUUGGGGUGAACGCUGGAAGAUGAGAGAAGCAGAACAAGCCACAGCUUCCUCACCUCGCCAGUUCCUCAGCUGAUCCUGUUUCCUCAAACUGGAAGCCUCUGAGUCCUCAUCCAAAUGACUCUCAGCUGAACUGCUGCUCAAAAGCCUGAGAGCUUAACCAGCCUAGUUUCUGGUCCUCACGCCUUAUAUACCUUUCUGCUUUCUGCCAUCACUCCCUGGGAUUAAAGGCUCACUUCCUGGGAUUAAAGGCGUGUGUCACCAUGCCUGGCCGUUUCCAAUGUGGCCUUGAACUCACAGAAAUCCAGACGGAUUUCUGCCUCUGAAGUGCUAGGAUUAAAGGCAUGUGUGCCACCAUUUUCUGGCCUCUAUAUCUAGUGGCUGUUCUGUUCUCUGACCCCAGAUAAGUUUAUUAGGGUGCAUGAUAUAUUGGGGAACAUAUUAUCACCACAUUAGGGGGGGUCCAAUAAUUCAGGAAACAGGAGGAGCCUCCCACCGGUCCUCUUUUAUGGCUGUCUCCUUGAGCCGUCCUAGGAGUGGUACAGGGCAGAGGCUCAGCUCUGGCAACAUGUCAUAUGUCUGAAACCUCUUUGCUCCUGCAGGGCUGAGACCUUGGCCUGUCUCAGGGUGCCUCUGUGUGAGGCAGGAGACUGGAAGGAUCCAGGGUUAUUGCGAGGGCUGGGAGGAUGCAUGCAGGCUGGCUGUGAGUGUCCUUGUUACUGCAGGGCCAGGGAAGCUCCAGUGAUGAGUGUACAGGCUAGAGAGGAGAGUGGAGUCUUCGGGCUAGCAAGCAGACAAGAUGAACUGGAGACUCAAGGAGCCAUGAGGAUGGAGCAGUGAAGAAGUGGACACAGAUUGUGGGUGGGCAAGGAGCAUGUGCUGGUAAGAGGCACCCAAGAGUGAAGGAGAGAGGAGAUUGGGGUGCUCUUGUGGCUUAUAAAGUACUCCUGAGCACUACCUGGACACCUGUGUGGAGAGAGGUCUAUUUAUGGGCUCAGGACAGGACAGCGUGGCUGGAGGGAGCAGGUUCAAGGACUUCCCUGGAAGUGGGUUCCUGGAGCCCAAGACUGAUAAUAGGUGACCAGGAAGGCCAGGUGUGGACAGUUGGUGUCCUGGUCCCUGAUUUUAGGUAGUCCCAGAGGAAGGUGGACAAAGGUAAGCAGGGGCGGGGGAGAUAAGAGGACCACUGUGAACACCAGACUGAGAUGUGGCCAAGUAUAUGAGGCAGCAGCCUGGAGCUUGGACCUAGAGUCUGAGCCGGAGACCAAGAUCUGGAGUCACAUGCUUCUGCCUCAGCGUCUGAAUCCUGGAAAGCCCCAGGCUGCUGAUCUCUGUCAGCACCUGACUGUACAGCACACUCUAGAUCUCUGUUCUCUUUGCAGCUGCUAGCCUCCCUGCCCAGUCCACCUCCACCAUGACAGCUGGAGCGGAGUCCUCCUUGUUUUCACCCAGCCCAACACUGCUCCGUCUUUGGUGGUUAGCCUCCUCACAUCCUACUUCUCAGCAGUUGCCUCCUGGAUGACCUUAGAGUCUGUUCCUCAGAGCUACUCUUUCCACUCCCCACACAACACACAGCUUUCUCAGUGCAGAGUGUGUCUGUGGUCACUAAUGGCACCUGGCACGCCUCACCAACAGUGGACCCGACGGUCCGAUGUGUGCCCGUAACAGAGAAUGCCCUUCCCUCUACAUCAUCUUCAUCCCUCAGUAUCUCGUUUGUCGUGGACAUCCCAGAGCAGUCUUGAGCACAAAGUCUUGAGGCUUUCAGAAUGGGUUCCCUCACUAGGAAAGCUUGGCAUUGGACGUCACGGUGAAUGAGUGAGAACGUGAGAGUGAUCUCACCUUCCUCUCCCAGAACUGAGAUCAGAACUGCUUCCUCCACUUCACUCCCCAUCCUCCCAACAAGAGAAAGAAGAAAUACUAAGGGGAAAAUUCCAGAUGCUUGAGACUUCCCCGAUGGGGGGGAUGUCAAUGCACCAGGGGGACAGCAGGCAUGGACAGCCCCUGCAGAGGUCAGGCUGGGACUAGGCAAAGUCCUUCAAAGGAUGGCUAGAUGACAGGGAUAGGAUUUGGGGAAAACUUGUGGCUUGGGUCCUCUGUCCCUGUGGAGGUCAGAGCAUGGGUAUCUGUAUCUGUGAUCAGACCUACUGCUGCUUUAGUUCCCCGUCUUCGGUUGGGAGAAGAGCUGUGCUCAGGAUAACCUCCAAAAUCUCUCAGCCUUCCCUGGAUCAGGUGGGCACCCAGCAGGAGACUGGCCACAGGGCCUCCAGGCUUAGAGUCUGGCUAGGACAGCUAAAGAGAUCUUGGGGGUCUUAGUGUACAUGGGGACAGGAGGCAAAAAGCCAGGGAUGUUGGCAACUCUCCAUCUGUCAGGGAAGUAAGGGGCCGAAACCAACAGGUGACAGGCACUAAAGGAUGCUCUAAGGGUGGGGUGGGUAAGACCUGGGUCCAGGCUUUGCUGUCAGGAUUGUCACGGGGGCCUGAACAGAGCUUAUCUGGUGAUGGGCACAGGGUGGCCUGGGUUGAAUGAGUGGCUAGUCACCCCUAGUUUUCAUUCAAGAGGUGGUGAGGUAAUCCUACACAGGUUGGAGAGUUAUAAGGAACAGGAAUGGGUCUCACAGAAGACAUGCUAUUUAGGCCAAGAUCCAUGCAAAUAUCACAUGGCCUUUAUGCUGGCCUCUGGUGGUAGAGGGGCCGAGCAACUGGGCAUUCCCCAUUCAGCUAGGUGCUACAUGGUGUCAGUAACUCCCGUCUCUUACUGUGUCCCAGUUUCCCAAUUUGGUGAUGGUCUCUGAUUGUAUAUCUUCUGGGAACAGUGGCUUUGGAGCCUAGUGGGUUUUUUUGCGGGGCUGUACUGGGUUCAGGGAUCUCAUCAGAAUCCUCUGUCCUCCCCAUCCUGGGGCAUGUCUCUGAGAGCCAGGAGACAUGGAGACAUACCAGCAUCCCAGAGCCUUCUGUGUGUUCUGAGGCACCCGUGAGCUGUAGGGCUUUGGCCAUUUUCUCAGGGUUCACUUGUGGGAUGGGGUACAGGGGCUGCCUCUUCUCUUCGAUAGGAACUCCCACAGUGUUGUGUUGGGCUGCCAGAGCAGGAGCUGGAAGAGUACACUCUACCACAGAGCCUUAGAGCACAAGGUGGGAAUAUGAGUGGUAAGAAUAUUAUGCAGGCACCCAUAAUCUGACCCUGUCUGGCCCCCCACUUCAGAGCCUUAGAGACUGGGAGUGCCAACCUCUUCACCCAGGUGGAGGUCAGCAAAACUCUUUGACCCCAGGCCUGGGAAGCUUCAGCCUGACAGGGCACCUCUGUUCAUGACCAUUUAGAAACACUACUGCCCUAGCUAGCACCAGGCUUUUCCUCUUUGGGUCUCCAACUGUGACCUGAGGAUACUGGUAGCUGUAGUCAUUGUGACCCUUAUCAGUGGAUAGCCUUGCAGGGGAUAUCUGGGCAAUGCUGGCUUACCCCAGUGCCUAUAGCUUGUAGUGCCAGGAACUUUGUAGUGGGGUGUCCCUGUCCUCAUGUCCUGUUUUUACUUCCUGUGACUGGCCACCCUGCACUGUCUACUACAGGUAGAGGCACACAGGUGACUGUGUGGAACAUUGUCUGUAACAUACAGCAGUCUCUUUGGUAUCCCUCUGGGGUAGAAUUCUGGAGGACUGUGGACUAGUGUUCUAGCUAGUUUUAUGUCAACUUGACACAAGCUAGACUCAUCUGAAAGGAGGGAACCUCAACUGAGAAAAUGCCUUCAUAAUAUCUGGGCAUUUUCUUAAUUAGCAAUUGAUGGGGGGAGGGCCCAGCCCAUUGUGGGUGGGGCCAUCCCUGGGCUGGUGGUUCUGAAUUCUCUAAGAAAGCAAGCUGAGCAAGCCAUGGACAAAGAGUCAAUAAGCAGCACCCCUCUAUGGCCUCUGCACCAGCUCCUGCCUCUAGGAUCCUGCCCUGUUUGAGUUCCUGUUCUGACUUCCUCCAGUGAUGAACAGUGAUGUGGAAGUGUAAGCCAAAUAAGCCCUUUCCUUCCUAAGAUGUUUUUGGUCACUGUGUUUCAUCAUAGCAAUAGUAAUCCAAACUAGGACAACUAGUCAGCACCCAGAAAGAGCUGUGGGUGGGUUCGAGCCAGGUGUCUUCUAGGCUGGCCCACAGUGUUCCCCGGAACAGGGUGUGUUUUAGAUAUGGGCAAGACUUGAAUAUGAGGAAAACCAGCCCAGGACUGGGAUGCCAGCAAGCCUAUGAGGAUGGUGACCAAUCUGGUUAGAUGGAAUGAUCACAUGUGGUUAAUUAACGGACAGUAGAGACGAGGGAGCCAACAGCACAGAUCGAAGGAUCUUGAGGAAUUUGAUUUUCUGUGUUCUGUUGGAGUUGCUCAGUCCUCUUUGGAGCCUAGGUCUAUAGUAUGCCCCCACCUCCAGGCUUACUGAGGUUCAUGCUCAAAUAGGGUGGCUCUGGGGCCCAGCAUAUUACUUUGUAGUGAGAAAUCUCACCCACAUCUGCAGAAGGAAAAUAAGACUGUUCUGCCUGUUCCCUCUCAGGGGACAGGUGGGGAAGCCCACAACCUGCCUGAGGAUAAUAAGGAGUCAUGCUUCACCCUUGGAGGAUAAAGGCUGGCUCUUGUUCCUAGGGCCCCAUGUACUCAGAAGUAUGUAGCUUGAGGAACUGGGCAAUGGCAAGUGGUGUUGGGGAAUAUCCCUGACAUGGUAACUGGGAAGUGACUAGAAGCUCCUGGGGCAGGGUUCUGUGAGAAGGGUGUGUUGGGAGGAAGGUCAAUAGAUAAAGUUCUCAGUUGCCAAAGGUUCUGUGUGAAGGGUGUGUUGGGAGGAAGGUCAAUAGAUAAAGUUCUCAGUUGCCUGAGGCUGAGGUUCAGCUGUCAGUCUAUCUGUCAGAAAACUCAAAGUGAGCACCAAGAUAUUUGCAGUGCCCUGGGAGAAAGACAUACUUCCAUGGAGUGUAUAUUCAGGCUGGGACUGUACAAAGGAGAACUUGUUCGUGUUCCUGUACUGCUUCUGUGGCUGAGGCUCCAUCUCAUAUUUUGGGGCGGGCACUCCCAGCACCUCCUACCCCCAUCUACUUGGUGCAGCUCAUCUGUAAAGCUCAGAACCCGACUGCAUUUCUCUUUCAUUUUCACUUUUUGCUGAUGGGCGAGGAGGGUGUGUGUGAGGCCCAGAGCCCAUGGGGCUCCUGGCCUGCAGUGUCUUGAUCAGGAACAUGGAACCUCUGCCAGGAUGGGGGUCUUCACCCUGGAGCCAGGCCCCCACAGCCAACACCUUCAGCCUGGUGUGGUGUGUCUUCCUUUUGAACGUCCUGUGCUGUCUCUCUGUCCAACCCUUAUGCAGAGAAGAGGAGUAUUCUGUGGGGGACGAGUGCUGUCCCAUGUGCAACCCAGGUUACCAUGUGAAGCAAGCCUGCAGUGAGUGGACAGGCACAGUGUGUGCCCCCUGUCCCCCACAGACACACACUGCCCAUGCAAACGGCCUGAGCGAGUGUCUGUCCUGCGGAGUCUGUGAUCCAGACAUGGGCCUAGUGACCUGGCGGGAGUGCUCCAGCCGGGAGGACACUGUGUGCCGCUGCAGUCCAGGCUACUUCUGUGAGACCCAGGAGGGGGACCACUGUUCUACAUGCUUGCCGCACACCACCUGCCCUCGGGGACAGAGGGUCCUGAAGAGAGGUAAUUACAGCCAGGACACUGUAUGUGCUGACUGCCUGAUAGGGACCUUCUCACCUGGAGGGACUCGGGAGGAAUGUCUGCCCUGGACCAAGUGCAAUGCAUUGUUUCAGAAAGAAGUGGAACAUGGGACCAGCAGCACAGAUGUCACCUGCUCCUUCUCGUGGCCUUUCUACGUUAUUUUCAUCCUUUUGGGCCUUUUGGCAGCUGUCUUAAUAGUCUACAUCUACAGUAGAAGAAAAAGGCCACACACCAGACCGGGGGCCCAGGGACUGGAGCUCCUGCAGGGGCAGAAACAAGAGAGCACUGUCAAGUUUCCAGUCACCGAGGUUGGGUUUGCUGUGACUGAGGAGGAGACAGCUUUCAACCCUGUGAAUUCUGGAUGACAAGACACCUAGGAGGCCCUAGAGGGAAACUUCCAUAUGCCUGUGGAGUAUGGCCGCUGCCCUGGGCUGCUCCAGCGCCAGGACAUACAGCAGUGGAGAUGUGGUUUUGGCUCAGAGUCAAGGAGUUUGCUUUGCCAUUCUUACUGUCAAAUGGGGGUCCAGGGGCCUUUUCAUUUUCUCAUCUGCUACCAUGUGCCCCUCCAUCCAAAUCCUGGGAGGUGAUGACCCAAAACCUCCAGUAUCAAUGACAGCUACCAUUGACCCUACUGCCUGGUUCUUCCAAUCAGCUCAGAACAGCUCAGUCUAAACCCUGGGCCUCUGCCUGUCCUUGAUAUGUUAAUCCUAGGCCUGUUCAGCUGGUGGGCUGGUGAGCACUGCCUCCUGGGUCUGGGGUGCACCUAGGGAGACGCCAGGCAAGCGCUUCACCACUGAGCUGUGUCCCAGCACUCUUCUCCCUGUUGUUUUCAGGCAGAGUCGUGUGAAAUUGUCUGGGCCCACUCCGGACUCAUUCUGUGUCUCCAACACGCCUCAAACUUGACCCUCUACCUCAGCCUUUAAAGAAAUUGCAAUUACCUCUGUGGGCCUCCAGGCUGGGCCAAGACCACUUCCUGUUCUCUUCUCUUCUCUUCUCUUUCUCUUCUCUUCUCUUCUCUUCUCUUCUCUUCUCUUCUCUUCUCUUCU